AGAUGGAGAUGGAGGCGAAAAUACAGAAAGCGAUCGACUUCAAACUGGAGGGUCACCGAUGCUACAAGGAGAAGAAAUUCCGGGAAGCUAUUGGAAAGUAUCACAGGGCGCUGCUGCAGUUGAAAGGGAUCCAUGUCGUCGAUGGGACCACCGGAUCCGAGGUGAACCUCCUGAACCAAACCGCGGCCAAGCUGACGGAGGAGCAGCGGCGAGCGGUGGAGAGCACCGAGAUCGAAUGCUACGACAGUCUGACAGCGUGCUUGCUGCAGUCGGAGCUGGUGAAUUAUGAGCGGGUUAAGGAGUACUGUUUGAAGGUACUCGUACACCAGCAGGAUCACUUUAAGGCCAUGUACCGUGCUGGGAUUGCCUUCUACCACCUGGGAGACUACGAGUGUGCCCUGCGUUACCUACGCGAUGCCAAGUGCCGUGAACCCACAGACACAAACGUGCUGCGAUACAUCCAGCUGACCGAGAUGAAGAUGAGUAAGACCGGUCAGCAGGUGCGUGAGAGUGGGAAAGAGUCAUUGGGUUAAUUCGGCCCGACCCCCCCCCCCCCCACGCCC